ACUGCAAUUGAAAAAUAAAAUUGUUUAAAGUUACUGCAAAUAUAAUCAUCUGCAAAAAGAUUUAGUUUUUCACUAGUAGAGAUUUACAAUUUUAUAGGUUUUUUUUUCAUCUUAUAUAAACAACAAAUUAACAGUCAUGAAGAAAAAUUUGAUUAGGGCAGCCAUUGAGCCUCAGGCAUUGAAUCUUGCCAAAGAUAUAUUCUUCUUGGCAGAGAAGCGAGUUUGCAAUCCUGAAAUAGUGGAAUUCAUCAUAAACACAAUGCAACGUUUAAAGACACUUCUUCUGGAGGAUGAAUCCUCUGGGAAAUUUUUCACCACCCUGUUAAUAUCUAUAAGAAAACUACUUAUAAAUCUACCGCUCUGUGAGGUAGAAUGGAGUAGAAGAUUUAGCAUUGAAGCACAUUUAACACAACACUGCCAUGAGAUCCUCGAUGGAAUCGCUAAAGUAAGGAUUAUCGAACAGAAGUUAAAGAAGGAUUUAAUAAUGAAGGGGAAAAAGAAGGAUUAUCCUCCGUUAGGCGAGCGAAGCUAUGUUCAAAUUGGUAUCGACAAAACAAACAAAAUAAGGUGCAUUUUGACCGAGCCUUGUGAGAAUGUUAUCCUUCUAAUAAAACAGGCCAAAGACUUUAAAAAAUGCCUUUUGGAAAUAGUCGUUGAUCUCGAAAGCAAUGAAAAGAUACCCGAGGAGAUGAAAGGCGUGAUAAGAACGAUAUUAAGGAAAUUCCUUUUUUCUCUGGCUAUUGAUGCAAACACAACGCUUAAACUUAAAAAAGCAAUAUACGAAGUACAGUAUCUAGUGAAGUCUUUUAAAAGAGUCGAUUUUGAUUUUAAAUUCAAAGUAAGGAAAAUACAAUUACAGACCGACACAUUAUUAAGGGACAGUAAUUACGCUUUAGAAUUUGGGAGGGAUGCGUUAAAACGAAUCGAUUUCAAGGGAGAAAUGCUGGACCAGAAAUUGAGGUACAGCAAACUACUGAUGUGGCCGUAUGUGGGAACUGUCUUUCCACAGGAGAACCAUCCUGCGUUUAAAUGUACGACGUUUGCAGAGGUUGAUAAUAGUGAAAUAGCUUCAAUAAACGAAUACUGACAUUUUGUGUU